AGUUAGAAAAACUACCGCUGAACAUAGUCAAUGAAUGUUUGCAAUCGCGGUUUGUUCGCUUAUAGAUGUAUAUUAUACGCUGUGUGUAUAAAUGUUAAUACAGUGUUAACAACGCUUAAAUCUAUCGUUUUUUUUUUUUGUUUAUUAUUUCUUGAUUUCCUCUUUUUCCAAGAAUUAUUUAGCCACGUGUUUUUUGUUUCUUCCAAAGUUCAAUAGUGCAAUAGAAAACGAAAAAUGGGAUAAAAAUAUAAAAAAAUAAGCAGUAAAAAAAAUAGCAAGUGCAAGAAACACAAAAAGCACAUUUGUGGAAUAAGUUGUAAGAGGAUCCUAAAGUCACCUAUAUUAUUUUCUAUUGUUAACCUCAUGUUAACCCUAUGUUCAGCAAAAGAAUAGGAACCAGAAUGCUAUAGUUUUACUCUUUCCUUAAUCAACGUAUUGCAGUAGUUUUGCUCUUUCCUUGCACCAACGUAUUGCAAUUAGCGCAGAACUUCGCGCCUCUCGAUGUCUCUUAGUCAAAUAUCGUCAUCGAUUAGUGCACUGUCAUUCAGUGAAAUAGAGUAAUAUCUUAAUGAAUAUCUUCACAGGGGUAACAAUGGCUCGGGUUCGGCGGGCUGGUCGAAAACAAGUUUUGCGGGCAUUAGUACGUGAAUAUUACAGAGUGAUUGAUUUUGAUCCGCGCGUGUUCUCGGAUCACCAAUGGAUUCAGAAUCGCCGGGGAUAUCAUCCAGUACCGGGUACGGACGCUUCUGAGAAGAUGGUCGAAUAUGCGAAUAGGACGCAUGCUAUCGACGAAGUGCUCAGAGACUUCGAGACAUUGAACAUUCAGACAAAAGAUUUGCCCGAGAAAUACAUCGCUGAGUUGGACGUCAUACAUCCGUUUCCUGUUUUGCAUUUUUGCAAUGAUAUCCGACAGGGAUUUGAGAACAUUUACAAUAUGCUUCGACCUGGCGGGACUUUCUAUAUGAUGAGUAUCUUCUCAUGACAUGAAAAUGAUUUAAAAUCUUGAAAUUAUGACAGAGAACAAGCGCUUUGCAUCAUAUUUGUACGACGUGAAGAAAUACACCGCGCCGUUUCCAGAUACGGACAGGCCUCACAUAGCAUUAAAAGAAUUACUUCAGAGUAUCGGAUUUACGGUUUACUAUUGCAAUACCCGAAAUGUGAACGACAAUAGUCCGUACGAUGAAAAGCCAUUCGUUAUGUCUGUCUUUUCAUUUUUGCACGAGAUGCCAUCUGGUCGAGCGAAGAACUUCAAAAAGGAGUUUAUAGGUGAAUAUACGUGAAAAUAACGAAAGGAAAAUACAAGCAUAAUGAUGAACCGCUGACGCUGUACAGAUACAAACUACUAAUAGUGAAAGCAUGAAAAAACUAGAAUAGAUAAUAAUCAUGUAUGAGUGAUAUUGUGUAAUAAUUACGUGUACAUAUUAUUUAAAUUAUUUGUAGAAAAUUCAUUAU